AGUCUUUUGAUUUUUCCUAAUUUUUAAGUUGAAAUGGCUUUAGUAGUGUGCCUGAAGACUGUCACGGAGCUUCGUGGAAAGGGGGACCGCAUUGCUAAAGUGACUUUCAGAGGUCUUUCUUUCUUCUCUCGGGUGCUGGAAAACUGUGAGGAUGAAGCUCGAUUUGAGCAGGCCUUCCGUUGGCCAAUCGGGAGUCAAGUGAAUGGCGACGAUAUGCUGGAGAUCCAAGUGUUUAAUUACAGCAAAGUAUUCACUAACAGGUUAAUUGGCACUUUCCGCAUGGUUCUACAGAAGGUGGUGGAGGAGGGUCACUUGGAGGUGUCUGACACUCUUAUUGACGACAAUAACACAGCCAUACGGACAAGUAUUUCCAUAGAGAUCAAAUAUCAGACCAUGGAUGGGCGUGUGAAGGUGUGGAGCGAUGGUGAAUUCCUUGAUGUUCCAGAUGACUGUGAUGGAACUUUCCAGUUUGAAACAGACAGUCUACUCUCUGGACGCAGCCAGAGCUCCGGGACGUCACCUGGACGAUCUAUCCACGGCAUUCCCACAUUCCGCAAGACAGGAAAAGGAGUGUUUUCAGCCAUGAAACUGGGCAAGACACGCAUCUCUAAAGAUGACCACAAAAAAGGAGAUGAUCCUGCCAUUUUGGAUGCAGAAGAUCUGGAUCGAAAGGUCAUGCGUCUGGGCGGUGGGGUCGACCAUGAUACCAUCUCACUGGCCUCUGUUACCGCAGUUACCACUAAUGUCUCCAACAAAAGAUCAAAGCCUGACAUUAAGAUGGAGCCCAGUUCAGGGCGUCCUGUGGAUUAUCAGAUCAGUGUUACAGUAAUCGAGGCCCGUCAGUUGGUUGGUUUGAACAUGGAUCCUGUGGUUUGUGUGGAAAUUGGAGAGGAGAAGAAGUAUACAUCGAUGAAGGAGUCCACAAACUGCCCCUACUACAAUGAGUACUUUGUCUUUGACUUCCAUGUGCCUCCAGAUGUCAUGUUUGACAAGAUCCUGAAGAUAUCAGUAAUACAUUCUAAAAACCUUCUACGAAGUGGUACUCUGGUGGGCACCUUCAAAUUAGAUGUGGGAACUGUUUACUCACAACCUGAACAUCAGUUCCACCACAAAUGGGCAAUGCUGUCAGACCAUGAUGACAUCACAGCUGGCUGCAAAGGUUACGUUAAGUGUGACCUUGCAGUCGUAGGAAAAGGAGACAACAUCAAGAUUCCCCACAAGGCCAAUGAAACAGAUGAGGAUGACAUAGAGGGGAAUCUUCUUUUGCCAGAGGGUGUUCCAUCAGAGAGACAAUGGGCUCGGUUUUAUGUUAAGAUUUAUAGAGCUGAGGGACUACCUAAAAUGAACACCAGCAUCAUGGCCAACGUGAAGAAAGCUUUUAUCGGGGAGAACAGGGACCUUGUGGACCCUUAUGUCCUGGUGCAAUUUGCAGGGCAGAAAGGUAAAACAUCAGUUCAGAAGAGCAGCUACGAGCCCAUCUGGAAUGAGCAAAUAAUCUUCACCGAGAUGUUCCCACCUUUGUGUAGGCGACUGAAAGUUCAGAUCCGUGAUUCAGACAAGGUGAAUGAUGUUGCCAUAGGAACUCAUUUCAUCGAUCUACGAAAGAUCGCAAAUGAUGGAGACAAAGGGUUCCUGCCCACUAUGGGCCCAGCCUGGGCGAAUAUGUAUGGUUCUACCCGUAACUACACCCUGAUGGAUGAGCACCAGGACUUGAACGAGGGGCUGGGGGAAGGUGUGUCCUUCAGGGCACGCCUCCUCAUUAGUAUCGCAGUGGAGAUCCUGGACACCUCUUCCGCAGAAAUAAUGUGCUCUACUGAGGUACAAAUAGAGCCGGUGUCCAACAUCUCAGAGAGUGCCACAGGGAAAAUGGAGGAGUUUUUCCUUUUUGGGUCGUUCUUGGAGGCCACAAUGAUAGACAGAAAAAUUGGAGAUAAACCCAUCAGCUUUGAAGUCACUAUUGGUAACUAUGGUAACCAGAUUGAUGGAGUGAGCAAGCCUGCAUCAGCAAAGAAGAAGAAAGAGGAUGGAGGGGAGAGUGAAGAAGAGGAGUCUGAGCUCAUCCACAACUCCAGCGAUGAAGGGGCAGAGGAUGAUGGAGAUUUGACGUCUGUGCCGUCCACCCCUCCUAUGAAACCGGUUAUUACUGACAGGUCAGAGGGGAAAGCUGAGUUCAUUGGGCGAACAUUUGCAAAGCCACUAACUAAGAUGGUUGAUGAACACUACGGGCCCCCACGGUUUCCCCCUCAGCUGGAGUACUAUCAGAUAUACAGAGGAAACUGCACUGCAGGAGAUCUGUUGGCUGCUUUUGAACUACUGCAGAUUCCUUAUGAUGAUGAGGAGAUCAGGAGGGCUCUUAUUGCUGUCCAUGACUUUGCUGUACCUCAGAUCAAGAUUGGUCCAGCAGGGCGGACAGCACUUCCUCCAAUUGAUGGCCCGACUGAUUCUGACCGCGGACCCAUUCUGCCUGUUCCAUUGGGCAUACGACCAAUUCUCAGCAGAUAUCGCAUAGAGGUCCUGUUCUGGGGUCUGAGGGACCUUAAAAGAAUCAACCUGGCCCAGGUGGACAGGCCUCGUGUGGACAUUGAGUGUGCAGGGAAAGGGGUUCAGUCAGCCCUCAUUCAGAACUAUAAGAAGAAUCCAAACUUUAGCACGUUAGUGAAGUGGUUUGAAGUGGAUCUGCCAGAAAAUGAGCUACUUCAUCCACCACUUAAUAUUCGGGUGGUGGAUUGCAGGGCAUUCGGACGCUUCACCUUGGUGGGGUCUUAUGCCGUGACCAGCCUUCGCAAGUUCAUCUACAGCCCCCCAGACAAGACUGCUAACAACUGGGCUCACACAGCUAGACUGGCCAAUGGCUACAUGGCUCUCACGAAUGGGACAUCUCAUUCCCGCCCCCACUCCCGUCCCAUUUCUCAUCCCUCAGGUGAUAUUUUGGUCAAUAUGGACCCUGAACCCAACAUUAAGAAGAUGGACACAGUUGUGAAGAUUGAUGCUACCACAGAUGCUGUUGUUAAAGUUGACUUGAAUGAGGAUGAGAAGGAGAAAGAGAAAGAGAACAAAAAGAAGAAGAAGAAAAAGAAGGGAGAAGAAGUGGAUGAAGAGGAGCCGGAUGAGAGCAUGUUGGACUGGUGGUCCAAAUACUUUGCCUCAAUAGAGACUAUGAUGGAGAAUCUCAGAGCCCAGGAGGCCGCUCUGGCAGAGGCAGAGGAAAGAGAAGAUUUGGAGAUAGCAGGAGAGAGUGCAGAGAUCAAAGCUGAUGACUUUCCUGUGAAAGGCACCAAACUCAAGGAGAAGAGCAAAGACAAGAAGAGCUCCAAGGACAAAAAGAAGAACCAUGAUGGCACAGAAAAACGACCUCUAAAACCAAAAGUUGAUGAACUUGUGGUGUACAAUAAAGAGCUGGAGAUUGAGUUUGGGAACUUUGAGGACUGGCUCCACACCUUCAACCUGUAUAGAGGAAAGGCUGGAGAUGAUGAUGACCACAAUGUGGUUGAUGAUGACAGGAUUGUGGGCAGAUUUAAGGGCUCCCUCUGUAUGUAUAAACUACCACUGUCUGAGGAGAUCACCAGAGAGGCAGGAUUUGAUCCAAACAUGGGCAUGUUCCAAAGUAUUCCUCACAAUGACCCUAUCAAUGUUCUCAUAAGGAUUUAUAUCAUUAGAGCCACAGACCUGCAUCCUGCGGACAUAAAUGGUAAAGCGGACCCUUAUAUAGUCAUUCGAUUGGGAAAGUCAGAGAUUCGGGACAAGGAAAACUACAUAUCCAAGCAGCUAAAUCCAGUCUUUGGAAAGUCAUUCGACAUAGAGGCCACAUUCCCAAUGGAGUCCAUGCUGACUGUGGCAGUAUAUGACUGGGAUUUGGUUGGAACUGAUGACCUGAUUGGUGAGACUAAGAUUGAUUUGGAGAACAGAUACUACAGCAAACACAGAGUCACAUGUGGCAUUGCAUCCAACUACUCUGUCCAUGGUUACAAUGUAUGGCGUGACCCUCAGAAGCCAACUCAGAUCCUUGCUAAGUUGUGCAAAGAAGGUAAAUUGGAUGGACCCCACUAUGGACCUGGUGGGAGGGUCAAAGUGGGAAACCGCAUCUUUCUUGGGCCAACAGAAAUCGAGGAUGAGAGUGGUCUGAAGAAGCAGACAGAAGAACACUUGUCUCUUACUGUUCUUAGGCAUUGGGAGGAGAUCCCACGUGUUGGUUGCAAACUCAUUCCUGAGCAUGUGGAGACCAGGCCGCUCCUCAACCCGGACAAGCCAGGCAUAGAGCAGGGAAGGAUUGAAAUGUGGGUGGACAUGUUUCCUAUGGAUGUACCAGCACCAGGACCAGCCAUUGACAUAUCGCCACGCAAACCAAAGAGAUAUGAGCUCAGGGUGAUAAUAUGGAAUACUGACGAGGUAAUUCUGGAAGACGAUGAUUACUUCACAGGGGAAAAGUCCAGUGACAUUUUUGUGAGGGGCUGGCUAAAAGGACAGCAGGAGGAUAAACAGGACACAGACGUGCAUUAUCACUCUCUAACUGGGGAAGGAAACUUCAACUGGCGCUUUGUCUUCCCUUUUGACUAUCUCAUGGCUGAGGAGAAGAUAGUCAUCUCUAAGAAGGAAUCCAUGUUUUCCUGGGAUGAGACAGAGUACAAGAUUCCUGCUCGACUCACCCUUCAAGUAUGGGAUGCUGACCAUUUCUCUGCAGAUGACUUCCUGGGUGCGAUUGAGCUGGACUUGAAUAAGUUUCCCCGUGGAGCAAAAACAGCUAAGCAGUGCUCUCUCAACAUGGUUCUCAAAGAGCAUGAGCUACCUACCAUCUCCAUCUUCAAACAGAAGAGAGUGAAGGGCUGGUGGCCAUUUGUGGCCCGGGAUGAGAAUGAUGAAUUUGAGCUUACAGGAAAAGUGGAGGCAGAGCUCCAUCUAUUGACAGCGGAGGAGGCAGAGAAAAAUCCAGUCGGCUUUGGGCGUAAUGAACCUGAGCCACUUGAGAAACCAAACCGGCCUGACACCACCUUCCUGUGGUUUUUGAGCCCACUGAAGGCCAUCCGCUACCUGAUAUGCAACCGCUACAAAUGGCUCAUCAUCAAGAUCGUCUUGGCUCUGCUGCUGCUGAUCAUGGUGGGCCUGUUUCUCUACAGCAUGCCAGGCUAUCUGGUCAAGAAGCUUCUCGGGGCCUAAAGAGGGGUCAAAAAGGUUCAUUUAAGAAAUUCUGAUUUGACCUUGCCCUCUGAAGUGGCCCUUUUCUAAUACUUGAUUACAAUUUGCAGCACUUCUUUUAUUUUUAAACAACAUCUUAAGAGUUUACCAUCUCUCAUAGUUGCA